AUGAUGUUCUGUGGCAAUUCCCUACACUCACCACUUUCCAUCUUUUCUUCUCCAAGACUUCAACUUUCUUCUUCUUCCUCUUCUCGGUUUUCUAUCUCUUGCUCUCAGAUGGAUACCCACAACAACCAAGGCCGUAGCAAGUUCUUGGAACUUCCAUUCGUUUCUGCACCACACAAGAAUAUCAUGCUUGAUCUCGUUUCAUCCCUUGAAGAUCGACUUCAAUCUCAUCUUCUUCCUUGUUCACUUCCCUCUGAUGUUCAAUACUACAAAAACAACAGUGCUACUUCUCAAAUUUCAUUGCAUAUUACACCAGGCAACACUCACUCCCCUAUAGAUUUUGUACUUGGAAGCUGGGUGCAUUCUGAGCUACCAACAGGAGGAUCAUUAGAUAUAACAUCUAUUUCAGGUUAUCUCAAAACAUCAAAUGAUGCACCGAAUUUCAUGUUCGAGCUGAUUCGAAGCAGUCCAACAAUGCUAAUUCUUGUUCUCGAUCUGCCGCCUCGAAAAGACCUUGUUCUUUCGCCAGAUUACCUUAAAACGUUCUACGAGGACACUGAACUUGAUAAACAUAGACAGGCUUUGGAGAAAGUUCAUGAGGUUCAACCUUAUUUCUCUUCUUCACUUUUCAUCCGCGCAAUCACAUCUCCUACUGCAAUAUGUGUUCGUGUUCAGACAGAAAAUGACGGAGGAGAGCUGAUAAACGAGAUCCUUAGGAAUCAUGUCGGCCCGAUUACAAAACAAGUGUUGGGGAUCUGGUUGGAUCAUUGUGCUUGUGCUGAGAGAGAAGUUGGAGAGGAGGAAAAAGCUUAUCUGAAAAAAAGAGAUGGUUUUACUAGAAACAAGACUGUUGAGGUUGAUCUUGGUACAAGUUUUCCAAGGUUGUUUGGUCCAGAAGGAGCUGAUAAGUUACUAGAUGCCAUCAAGAAGUAUUUUACUGUCUAA